AUGGGAGUUAAUCCGCCUCUUCAUAUUCUUGAUGGCUUUGCAAGAAGAAUGUGGAAAGAGGCUGUUGUUAAGGUGGGAUUGAUUGCUCGGGGGAUCUUCAUCAUUAGAUUUCAGAACAUGGAGCAAAGAGAUAAGGUCUUACAGGGAGGCUACAUAUUCUUCGAUCGGAAACCUGUGGUUAUGAAACCAUGGAACCCGAUAGAUGACUUUUCUAAAGAUGAGAUUACUAGCGUUCCGACUUGGAUACAAUUAAAAGGAUUGGACAUCAAAUAUUGGGGGGGAAAAUCUUUAUUCAAGAUUGUUGGGCAGAUUGGCACACCUCUACAAGUUGAUAAUAUUACAAAACACAGGGACAGGCUGAUGUACCCCCGAGUGUUAAUAGAGGUUAACUUUGCUCAAGAUUUCCCAGUUUCAAUUUCUUUCAUGGAUGAAUUUGAUCGUGACAUUAUUUUGGAAGUGAAGUAUGAAUGGUUGCCCCUGGUUUGCUAUAGCUGUUCAGGUUUGGGACAUGAAACUAAGCUGUGUAGGAACAAGCCUAUAGAGAAGGAAACAGAGAAGCAACAAUGGGUUCCCAAAUAA